CCAAUGCCUAAAGAGAUCGGCAGGUCCCGCAUGAUAGCACAGAGCUCCUCUUUCCCGCACACAUCGUCGCCUUCUCUCUCGUCCCCGUGCUAACGUCCGAUACCCCUAUCGGAGCAUUGACCAGCACCGCCAGGGGACAAAUGAAGUCAUUGAACCCAAGAGCGGGAGGAAUGGCAUUGUGCAGGUGCAGAAGGAGCCCAAAGCUCCCGCCCAUCAUUAUAUUCUCCAUGACAUCGAGAUUUGAGAUUUGUGGCCCGGUUCAUCGGCCCACCGUGGUACAGGAGAUCACAGCCCAUCGCUAUCCACUAUGCAGUACUAUGCAACAUUGCAGUCGACAGAGAAACAGAGGAAGCAAAAGCCGGGUCACGUUGCAAACAGUUUCGAAUCAUCUGGCGGUCUGCAAUUGUACUGGUAUCAGCCUACAUCAGACGAUCCAAAAACAAACUGCCGGGCUUUUUGCGUGUGCUGUGGACUAUUCGAGACGGAGUGAGCGGGCGGGCUGGUGGGUGACGCUGCCAGCCUCAGCCGUUGGUGGCUGGGUGCCGGUGAAGAAGAAGAUAAAAGGACCGCAUCCGUUAUCAGCAACUGCGGCCUGCUUGCAUCGGACGUUUCUGACUCUUCCUACGGAGACCCAUGCAGGCAGUCAGCCCCCUCGUCCACCAUUCACCAUUGCUCCACCCAUGCUAUUGCUGCCGUACCAAGGAAGGGGCCGGUGGAGGAGUGACGGGCAGGCGCGACGCUGGGCCGCACACGCGUCUGGGCGGCUUCGGUGUGAGGGAGCAAAAAAACCUGAGCGGAGGUGGACAAAAAGGCCCGUGAGGGCACGGAAUAGCCGCCCAUUCCAUUUCCAUUGACAUGUGCCGCCCGGAGGGCCCACGGCACUGUGUAGUGUGUAUGGUAUGUACCCUGCAUCAUGCAUCAUGGGAUUUCCAAAACUGCCUACAUUGGCUGCUAGUUGAGUACUGAGUAGUGUCGAAAACAUUGUGCCACGCCCUGAGCAGUCCUAUCACCAUGUCUAGAUGUAUGU